CUCUAGCAGCUGAAUUUACUGCGUUUCCCAACACUUAUUGAGAAAAAAAAUAACACUCUUGGUGUGUGUUGGAGCACCACUAGAGCGGGUAUAGCCACCGAGAAUCGCAACCUGCCGUGUAUGCCGAAUGCGCGCGUGUGUGUGUGUGUGUGAGGUGCAACAAGGCUGACAAAAAAAAAAAAUUAAAAACCAGAAUAGCAAUAGAAAUAUAUACUAAUCUAAACUAAACUUAAGUUAAACGCAAUCAUCUGGAAUUACGCACAAAAAACAGCUGCCAAAAGAUGGAAGCAAUCGCCAAGCACGACUUCUCAGCGACUGCCGACGACGAGCUGAGUUUUCGCAAAACUCAGACCCUAAAGAUAUUAAAUAUGGAAGAUGACUCGAACUGGUAUCGUGCCGAGCUGGACGGAAAGGAGGGUCUCAUACCCAGCAAUUACAUAGAAAUGAAAAAUCACGAUUGGUACUACGGUCGCAUCACACGUGCAGAUGCCGAGAAACUGCUGUCGAACAAACACGAAGGAGCCUUCUUGAUCCGCAUCAGUGAGUCCAGUCCCGGCGAUUUCUCCUUAUCAGUCAAAUGCCCGGAUGGUGUUCAACAUUUCAAGGUUCUGCGCGAUGCCCAAAGCAAGUUCUUCCUCUGGGUGGUGAAGUUCAACUCCCUCAACGAACUGGUCGAAUAUCAUCGGACGGCGAGCGUGUCUCGGUCGCAGGAUGUCAAAUUGCGUGAUAUGAUACCUGAAGAGAUGCUUGUGCAGGCGUUGUACGAUUUUGUGCCACAGGAAUCCGGCGAAUUGGACUUUAGACGCGGCGAUGUCAUCACAGUCACAGAUCGCUCCGAUGAGAACUGGUGGAACGGCGAGAUCGGCAAUAGGAAAGGAAUCUUCCCAGCAACUUAUGUGACGCCAUAUCAUUCAUAAUAAGAUAACAUCUAAGGAGGGAAGCCACUCCACACUCCACACCCCCUACACCGCAAAAUCUCUCCCAAAACUACACACACAACAAUAAUAAUUAGGCAGCAUCCGAUGAAAAACUAAAAAAAAACACACAAAUUUUAAAUAUUUAUAUACAAACAUGACAUCAAUUCUGUAGACAGCAACGUAUACAACUCUAAGCAUAUAAGUUGAGAAUGCAUUUUUUACGUUUUGACGUGAUUUUGAUAAAAA